AAGUAAUUUCACUUUGAUAGAAAAGGUAGGUUAAUAAAUAAAAUCCGUUUUAGGAUUCAGUUUUUAGGGCAUUUUGAAAAACACAGGGUAAUUGGGGGUAGAAGGGUAGAGCGCACGCCGCACAGCAUAGCAAUGGCGAACGCGGAGGUAGAGGCUGUGGACUUCGAGCCCGAGGACGACGAUCUGAUGGACGAAGACGUCGAUGCUUCUCCCAGGGCUCCUAUUCCCAGGAUCAAGUCCACUAUCGGCGACUCGUCUGCUCCUAAGAAAACAAAGGGCCGCGGCUUCCGGGAAGAGGCUGCCGAGGCCGAUCGCAAUGCUCGUUUGUCUGCUCGCUUCGAUUCUCUCGACUCUGAUGGCGGCCCUGGUCCUGAAAGAUCGAUUGAAGGAUGGAUUAUAUUGGUAACUGGAGUUCAUGAAGAGGCUAAAGAAGAUGAUAUACUUAAUGCUUUUGGUGAAUUUGGAGACGUAAAGAACUUGCAUCUGAAUCUGAAUCGUCGCACUGGAUUUGUCAAGGGAUAUGCUCUGGUUGAAUAUGAAAACUUUGAAGAAGCAAAGAAGGCUAUAAGUGAGCUAGAUGGGACGGAGAUUCUCACUCAAACCAUACAUGUUGAUUGGGCAUUUAGCAGAGGCUCGUUCAAGAGGAGGAACUCACGGAGAUCACCUCGAGUUCAUCGCUCAAGAAGCCCCAGAAGAAGAUAUUAGUCGUCUGUGUGUUUGUUUUUUCCAAAAAAGCGAUGGCGACUCUGAUUUGGGAAGACACCAACUUCAGGGAUGAAGGAGUGUUGUCAUAUCAUUUCAUGUUCUCAGAAUUUGGAUUUCUGUUUAAGACAUACUGUAUUUAUUUCUGCCCCCCCCCCCCCACUAAUUGUUUUAGCUCCAAAACAAAUUUUUUUAAAUUAA